UCAGAAACUUCCUUCUACAAGCUACAAUAUUAUUUUCUUUCUGUGAUUGAGUGGUCUACGUCUUCUAACGUCACGUUUGUUGACACUGUUUCCCGGAUUUUUUAAGGCGCUUAUCAGCUGAUGUUGAAGAUGAUUCACGUGUCAAAUAAUUGUCUGUUUUCGGACAUUUUUUACUCUAAAAUUGUCUGAAUAUUUGAGGAACCUGGUGUACAUUAUGUCCUGCUUCUAAGGAAGCAAUUAUAAUUGCAUUCCGUAUGAUAUCCUUAGUAAAUCAGGAUACUAAUAUGGAAAGUAACCCUCCAAAAUUAUUAAAUAAUAACCAAGAAGCCGCAGAGCUUCUAGGUUUAUCAUCUAGUGAUUCUCUUGAUUCACCUUCUUUUACACAUUUUCAAGCGCCUAAACAGAAACGAAAAGUGAGGUUUAAGAAGCCAUUCCGCCCAAGCUCUAGAGCAAAAGCUGGUAGAAAUGGUUCAGGAACUAAAAGCUGUAAUUGCAGUUUUGUACAAGGAGCAAAAAUUUUCUCUUAUUUCUUAAUAGUUGCAGUUGUAGGUGCUCUUCUAUGGUAUGUAAUGAGCCUCAGCACAAGAGUUCAAGAAUUACAAGAUAAAUUUGCUGACUUUGAAGCUGGCAACAGAAAUACUCCUGAAGCCUUACAUUUAAUCCAUUCAACAUUAAGACAGCUUGAUUCUAAUGUCACUAUGCUGUAUAUUGAAGUCAGAAAAAACAUAGCAGAUAUUGAGAAUAUCACAUGUGAGGUGAAACAGUUAAAAGAGGUUUCUAAUAACUUAAAAGAAAGCAUAGCUGCUGCGCCUGCCAUACAGCAACUACCUAAAGAUGUACACUCUCUGUCCGAGAGUGUAGCAAGUUUUGGAAGUAAGAUGAAUGCCCUAGAGUCAAAUAUAAAAGAACUGAAAGAUCAACAGUCUGCUUUACAAACCACAGCUCAAAAUCUUUCUGGGGAGUUGGAUACCAUAAAGGUUAUAGUUCAAGAGCUAAACAAUUCUACUGAUUUUCAAACUAGAUCUGUAAAUACUUCAGUUAAAGAUUUGAAGCUUCAUAAUGCUGUACAAGAAACAAAUCAAUAUGUUCACUAUUUACAAGGG